AUGAAGUUCCUCUCGGCCCAGAACGCAGCAGCGCUCGACAGAGACCUCAUGAGCAUCGGCGCCUUCUCCAUCGACCAGCUCAUGGAACUCGCCGGCCUGUCAGUCUCCCAAGCCAUUUUCCGCGUUCAUCCUCCAAGCAGCGGACGAAGAAUCCUCGUUGCGUGCGGCCCGGGAAACAACGGAGGCGAUGGUCUCGUCGCUGCUCGCCACCUCUGGCACUACGGGUACCAACCUACCGUCUACUAUCCUAAGCAGAGCAAGAAUGAGCUUUAUCAGCUCAAGAACCUCAACGUUCCGUUCACAGACGACUUCCCCUCCGCUCUCCAAGACUCAGAUCACGUCGUCGACGCCAUCUUCGGGUUCUCCUUCUCCGGCCCCCUCCGCUCGCCCUUCCCAGCCGUCAUCAACGCCCUACAAGAGACCUCUCUCCCCGUGACAUCCGUCGACGCGCCUUCGUCCUGGGACAUCGAGACGGGCCCCCCAUCCUCCGGUCCGGGCUCGACCUUCAACCCUGCGGUCCUAGUGAGUCUCACGGCCCCGAAGCCGCUCGUGCGGUACUUCAAGGGCAGGCACUUCAUCGGUGGUAGGUUCGUGAGUCCCGGCAUCCGGGAGAAGUAUGAUCUGGAGUUGCCGGAGUAUGAGGGCGUGGAUCAGGUGGUGGAAGUGGGCAGGGAGGGAGAGAAAUUGUGA